AAAUAAUUGAAGAAAAGUAGCUCGUGAGAGAAGAAGGACGAAGAAGGCGAAAGUGAAAGAAGAGAGAAAAUUAAGCCAUUAGCUACUUUACUAAACAACAAAAAAAAACAAAAAAAAAAAAGAAGAAGAAGAUGAGAGCUUUAGAAGAAUCUAAGAUCUCUAUUGUUUUGCUGCUUCUUUGCUUCUCAAUCUUUGUCACUAGUCUCCAGGCAAAUGAGCUAACACCACCCUCUAAAGAAGAAGGAGAGAUGAGAAUGGUGCCAUUAAUGGAGGAGAAGUUUAUGGUAAUGAAUGAAACAAGAAGGAAGCUUGGGAGUUUCCAGAUAUGUUCAGUCUGCACAUGUUGUGGAGGUGCAAAAGGACUUUGCCUGCCUUCACCUUGUUGCUUUGCAAUUAAUUGCAACAUCCCAAAUAAACCCUUUGGUUAUUGCUCCUUCACUCCCAAAACCUGUAAUUGCUUUGGUUGCCAUAUCUGAGAUCUUUCAUUGGGCAAAAGAAAGAAUAAACCAACAUCUUGAUUUCAUAUGCAAAGUGUGAAAGGGAAGAAAAAAAGAAAGGAAUAUCUGUUCUUGGUUUGGUUCUUUAUUUUAAUUUAUUUGUUUAUAAUUUUAUUUUCAGUCUUUUUAAAAUUUCAUUACCUACUAUAUUCAGCAACAUCAUCAUCCUCAUUAAUUUGUUAUCUUUUUGCAUUGCCAUUUUGAUAAAAAAAACAUUAGGGUCUUUAUGGAGGAUCUCGCCCAUAGUUCAAGCUAGAAUUGUUUUUCCUUCUCUCUUCAAUCAAUUUCUAUCUGUUAUUUUUUCUCCAAUUUGUUUCUCAUGAGUUAGUGAUUUAUCACCAGGAUUUGUACUUGUAACAUAUUUUAGAGUCAUAUUUGUUUUCGGUUAAGUUGAGGAUUGGAAUAAUAUUAAAUAUGAUGAUGAUGGUGGUGGUAGUGAUGUUGAAGCUGCUAAACUUAAGCCUUAUGUAAUGAGUGACAUGUGGAAAUUAUUAAGAAGG